AUGUCCUGCAAUUCGAUUUCGCUCUCCUUUCUUCAGAGCACUUGGGUAUCCUCCCCAGACCAGAAGCUUAUCAAUGCGGGCCGCCCCAAUUUAGUGCCUAGGCUUGCUCGCCACCCUCAACGGCUCGCCGUUGAAGCCAAGUCCAGUACCCGGACAGACGACAGGGUUGCUCGCCAUUCACGCAUCCGUAAGAAGAUUGAAGGGACACCAGAAAGGCCGAGAUUAUGUGUUUUCCGGUCCAACAAGCACCUUUAUGUCCAGGUCAUUGAUGACUCAAAGAUGCACACACUUGCCUCGGCCUCUACUAUGCAAAAACCCAUUUCCGAGGAGUUUGACUACAGCUCUGGUCCAACUAUUGAGGUUGCCAAACGAGUUGGUGAAGUUAUCGCAAAAUCAUGCCUUGAAAAAGGAAUAACGAAGGUGGCCUUUGACCGAGGUGGUUACCUCUACCAUGGGCGGAUAGCGGCCCUUGCUGACUCUGCCCGGGAGAAUGGUUUGGAGUUUUAA